AGGUCAUCGGUUGGACGCGAACUGAGACGUCCUGUCAAUUUUGUGUAAUCAGAAAACAGCUGAUCAAAGUUAUUCAAGUGUGAAUAAUAAUGAGAACUUCGAAACUUACGAGUUUCGCGUGGAAUUUUGGAAAUUAAAUGACGAAUUCACGUUAUGGCACAUACUUUUUUUGUCCGUCUUUUGAUACGUCUUUAAAGAAUUCCACGCAGAUACAAAUCGAUGUUUGCACCGCAAAGAGCGUCGUAAGGAGGGGCCACGUUAAAUGUCCACAUUAAUUAAGUACAAAUCAUAGGAUUUUUAUAAACGCAAAAUGCUAACGCUAGAGGACUCAGAAUGCAAAGAUUUUUCAAAAACCGCAAUGGAAGAUGAAGAAACUAACGGGAGAAGAAACGAUGAAGAAAGCUAUGAAAAAGAUAAAUAUCCAAUAUCGAAUGGAGAAAUAUUAAGAACAGCGCUCCUUUCCGCGGAAGAUGAUGAUGAUGACAUUGGAUCUCAAGAAGACGACGUGUCCUCCGAACUUUUGUCCAUUGAAAAUGAUUCAGAAUCCACUGUUAGCGAUUGGGAUGACUUGAGAACGGAUUCACCUUUGUCGUACGUUACUUCUGUACCUAAUAAUAAGGAGUUUAUAAUAAUAACGCAGUUGGAAUCGGACAAUGCAUUAAUGACAAAGAAAUUAAAUAACGAACGCUCUUUGGCUAACAAAAAGUCUAAAUCUCGACAUCGUUCUAAGCGACAUAAUAAAGUAUUAUUGUUGAGAAAACUGAUACCGAAGCAUGAACCAAUAGUUGAAAUAAAAGAGGAAGAACAUUCGAUCAUUUCUACCGACGUAGACGAACGUGUGCCAGCCAUGGAAGAAAUAGAUUACGAAGAGUCUUCUAUGGACCAGCAAAAUAUUCUAGAUUCCAAAGAUAACGCUGGCUGGUUACAAAGCUUCAGACCUUUGCCGCUAUAUUACACUGAAAGUGGUAAACCUUAUUUAAAAUGUCCAGCAUGUGGUGCAAUGUUUUUCACUUCAAACUCAUUCCAAAAACAUUUAUAUUCGCAUGUGUACAAGGAAGAUGAUACUUUUGUAUGUUCAUUUUGUAAUUACACAAAUACAGAGCCUGGUAUGCUAUUUAAUCAUCUAUCUAAACAUCAGGACCAAUGUGAGUUUUGUAACGAAAACUUAAUGCGUAAAAAUAAUUUCGAAAAACAUUGGGACAUACGAGCAUCGAACUUCACUAUGAAAAGAGAUCAUCGAGGAAGAUUCGUAUGUACUCUCUGCAAACUAGUAUUUGAUUUGUUACCACAGUUAGAAAAGCAUUGGUUUAAGCAUGCAUGUAAAAGAGAAAGAACUUAUCAAUGUAAGGAAUGUAGUGGAUUAUACGAAAGCAGAGAGACCCUAAAUAAUCAUAAAUGCAUGAAGUGUCCUGUUUGUGGUAAAGUUUAUGAUAGUUUGCAUCGAUUAAAAGCGCAUACAAUGUGGACAAAGCAUAACUUAAAGUGUCCAAUUUGUUCUUACGAAUUUAUUCUCGCUAUGGACCAUGAAAAGCAUUUAGCGUUACAUAGACAAACAUAUAGUUCUAUGAAAGAUUACGAGUAUUGCUUGCAGGCAACAGAUGGGAAGACAUUCCAGUGUAAUCUUUGUGACAAAAUAUUUUAUGCCUUACCUUCUUUAGUCUUGCAUCUUCAGGAGGAUCACGACAUAGUAAAUGUCAAGAAGGAAGUAAAAGAUGAUUGCAACGAAGAGCAAAAGGAAGAAUCAGUCAGAGAUAUGAUACUUCGCGAAUUAAGAAACGAGUCUGCAAAUUAUACUAGUGGAAAUAAUAAUGUAUCCUUAGCAAACAAUAAAAUCGAACUGCAGAACGCACUAUAAGUAUAAAUUGUAACGUUUAGAUAACGGGUAUAAAAGUAAGUCGUACAAGGUCUGAAGACGAUUGCUAAAAAUUAUUCAUAAUAACGAAACGUGCCGUUGCUAUAAGUCACUUUGUAGUAUAUAUUAAACACAAUUAAAUACGACUGGCAACAAAUAAUUUAUAAAUUAUCGAUAAAUGCAUUCGAUCAUAUCUGAUCAAAAAGUUCUAAAAUAAACUCGCCUCUCUUUCUCUCGAGAAUAAACAUAUAUCUGUAUAUUUUUUUAGCAAUCAUGUAAAAUACAGGAUUAUCACACUCACCUCUACUCGACAUACUCAUAUAAUCACAAAGUAAAUGAUAUUACUUUAAAAAGUAUAAUUAAGACCCUCGUGUAACUCCUCCGAUAAUAAAUAGAACUUUUUCGAUCAGAUAGUAAAGAUAACUUUUUAGCAUUUUAUUAAAGUAAUGUAAUCACGUCGUGAAUUUUCUAUGUUUUGUAUUAGAAGAGAAAUGUAACGUUAAGUUAUCAUGACAUUUGCAUUUGGCUGUAUCAUGUCUGCCCCGAUGUAUUGAAAAAAGCAAUACACAGAGCUAUCAGUCCUGCUGUAGCAAUCUCUAAUUAAUUAUUAUUCUACCUUAUUAUCCUUUGUUAUACGCGAUUGAACUGGUUUAUAUAUAGCGUUUAUUUAAAUACAUUGAUAUAUUUUUUUUCAUAUAUGUAUGUAUAGUUACCAUUCACAUAAGCGUACUGCCUUCAAUUGUAUCUUAAAUAUAAUCGCAUAAAAUCUCGGGGAUAAACAUGAUACAAUACAACUUUUAAUGGCUGAAAAGUAUCUGGAACUCGCUGUUUGUCUUACUUUUAUGCGUACUAUUAGAAUUCGAUACAAUUAUCGACAAAUCUUACGGUGUAUUAAUCAUUUGUAAGUCUGACUUUUGUAGGCCUGUGUAACACCGCACAAUAGCUUACAUAAAGAAUUAGAUCUCUUAACUAUCUCCUUUGAAAAAUAAAUAUCCAUGAAUAGUAA